UGUUAGAGAAAAGUGGUAAUUUAUUUAUAUGUUUCAGAUCUCGAAUGUAAAACAUGUCACAAAAGCAAUCCGAAACACAUAGUUGAAUCGUCUAGACUCGCACGCCCACACAUGUACAGUACUUUUUGCCCCAUCUCAUCAGGUACAAACUCCUCACCGCACACUUUCCUAAUUGGGGUAUGCAUAAAAUACUUUAACUUUUGCAGCAUAUUAAACUUUCCUAUCUCACGCGAGGCGCUAUGAUGGAUCUUAACCGUUUUGCGUUUUGCAGUCAUUUCUAUCAUUGUAACUUUUUGUUGUAGUUUCCUAAUUAGACUUCUCUAGAAUUCAUUUUAUACUGCUAAUAGAUUUUAUCAAUUAAUUGGAUCAAAUAAAUUGGGAGAGUGUCAAUCAAUUAUCUAUUGCUUUUGUGAUUGUGCUUAUUACUAAAGAUCUUAAUCUAGCGGUACUUGACAUUAUCAUGACAUCUCAUCCACCUGCUACUCAACGGUUUCCAUUAACUAAUAACCAAAUCAAUCAAAUUACUCUUCCCAGUUUUUCAACUCUAAUCCAACUGAUUCAAGAACGUCGGACCCCCCAUCUCAUUGCCGAUAACAUUUCCGAUUCUGUUUUAGCUGCUAGACAACUAUGUCAAAUUAAAUAUCAACCUCAGAACCAAACACAACACCAAAUCCCAGCUUAUGGCCCAUAUCUUCAAGUUAAUUCAUUUCCCAAUACUAAUGAUAUAACAUCACUACAGGUAUUGGAAAAUAAUGUAUUUACUGGGUUACUUGAUUUAUAUUAUCGAGCAAUAUUUACUUCUAUUGGUGUAGGAGAGUUACAAGCAAGUUUUGAGAAUAAGUUAUGUCAGAAUGUAACUUAUGGAGACGAUGUUAUUUAUACUAUUAAUGCAGAUUCUUCUGUUGCUAUGAUGACAAAAUCAAACUUUAGGGAAUUUAUUAAUAGUUUUCCAGCUAAUUUAUCAGAUAAUUAUAAUGUUAAUGCCAAUUUAGGUACUCUUUCAACUUUGAUAAAUACGUUAAAGUAUAGGUAUGCUGCUACCAGCUCCAUCCUGCACUUGACCAACAGUGAUGAUAUUGAUCGAGAUUCAGAUCGUAUAAUUGUAUCUAAUCCAUUACCAUCAAAUGAUAUAUCUUCAAAUGCUUCUACUAAAUCUCCAAGUCAAUCUAGUAAACGUAAAGGUGGGAAAAGAGAGAAGAAGAAAGUUAUAAGACCCAAAAGGAAAUACACUAGAAAGAAAACAGUAGAUGUAUGUGUCCAUUGUAAAUGUGUAGAUACUCCUGAAUGGAGAAAAGGUCCCCCUGGUUCAGGACCUCUAUGUAAUGCAUGUGGACUCUUUUACACUAAGCUUGUUAAGAAGUUUGAAUUUGAUGAUGCAUUAGCUAUUUUUAAUCAUAGGAAAAGUCUGGGAGAAGUUAAUAAUAGAAUUAUUCCAACCCAUGAAGAGAAGGAAGAUAUUUUACAAAAGAUAGUAUCGUCUACAGUAAAGAUAGAAUCUUCUAUAGUAUAA